AAAACCAAGCCUUAGCAACUGAGAAUAGAGUGCUGCACAACUUAGCAACGCUUUGUUUUAUUCUUUGGAGCUUGCAUUUGUCGCAACACAUUGCUUUUAGUUUAAUUUUAGCCUAGCUUGUAGUUAGCUUGUUGAUUACACGUUUGCGGUUUUAGCUCGAGGCGAUAAUCGAUCAAAGUUGAUAGGCACAUCAAAGAGAAAAAAUGACGACUGGAGAUGGAACACAGACUGCGACCAAGCCAAAAAUUGCUGCUAUGGAGAGGGGUCCCGGUCCAGCCCGCUACUGUAUGCCUGGGCUGACUGGCAGGUCUGGACAUGAUGUUACCAAAAAGAUACAACCAGCAUACACCUUUGGAAAGAGACUCGGAAUAUCAUUCUUCAAGAAGGAUUUUGGUCCUGGUCCAGCUCACUUUGUGGAUCCAUCUGUUACCAGGAGUGGCCCAGAGGGCACACCUCGUUACUCUAUCGGCAGCCGACACAAGGAGCUAAUGCCAUUCAAUACUCCUGGCCCAGGAUCCUAUGCUCCAGAGCAGAGCAAAACCUGUUUUCAGAGGGAGAAGAAAGACCCUUCAUAUUCCAUCGGCUCAAGGACCAAGUACCGGAAGAGAGAUGCCUCUCCCUCUCCCAACACUUAUUCUCUUCCUACCCUCAUCGGUCCUCGUAUCCCCAAUAGAGUCUCCUCUGCUUGUUACAGCCUGGCUAGCAGGCCUAAGACAGGAGGGUUUGAUGUGGAUUACGCCAAGACACCCGGUCCUGCUGGAUACGGAGCUCAAACACCUGACCUGUACGGAAAGAAGGCUCCAGCCUAUAGCAUCCUGGGUCGUCAGUUCAUGCCUGCAGAUGGUACACUAAAGCCUGGACCUGGAGCUCACAGUCCUGAAAAGUCAAAUCCAACUCGUCGCAAGGCCCCCUCCUAUAGCCUUGGGGUUCGCCACUCUGAGUACUUGUGUCCCCUUAUCAUUGACGUCAGUGAUUAAAGGGAGACAGUGCAUGCAUGAUCGCACACAUUAUAAACUAAAUUGGACAUGACCAAAACGGUAUUGAAUAGAUUGUAUACGGUAUAAUUAUAAUGUUACAAGUAACUUGUGUUUGUAUUUUUUAUUGCAUCAUGUCUGUAACAAAAUUAAUAAUUAUAUAGUUUUUGUAAGAACGAACAGUUUACAAAUGAAUUUUUGUUACCCGA